AUGUCUGCCCAACAAUCACAAGGUAUCCAGGCCCUGUUGGACGCCGAGAAAGAAGCCGCGCGGAUUGUGGAGAAAGCGCGAGAAUAUCGGUCGCAGAAGUUGAAAGACGCUAGAGGAGAGGCCGCCAAGGAGAUCGAAGCCCUCAAAGCCAAACGUGAACAAGAGUUCAAUGAGUUUCAGCAGCAGCACUCCGGUAACACUGACUCUCAACAAAAAGUCCUGGAAGAAGAAACCAAACAGAAAAUCGAGGUGAUCAAGUCUGAAUUCAACAAAAACAAGGCCCAAGUGGUCUCUGAUUUGUUAUCCAAAGUGACCGAUGUCCAGCCCGAAUUACACCGAAAUUACAAACUAGGAAUCCACUAA